AGAUUUGCAGUCUGCAGGACUACCUAGCUCAGUAUCCUCGUCUCAUAACCGUGUCUUCAGCUUUAUUUUGCCAAAGGCACACUGAAUGUGAUUCAAAACCUUUUCUUCUAGGUCUUUGCAGAAAAGUUCGAGCUAGCAAGCGUCUUACUUGGCAGUUAAGGUGAUUCCGACCUCGCUGAGAGUCUUUUCGGCCACAGUGCAGGUUUUUGAAAAGACGGUGGAAAAUGGCGAGUAGUAGACAGAAGUCGGCCAGUGGAGGCAGCAGCAAUGGCGCACCCCGAGAAUCUAAUAUCCAAGUCAUGGUUCGAGUCAGACCAUUGAACCAGAGUGAGAAGUCGAAAGGAUCGCACAGCAUCAUAGACGUCAAAAACCACAGGGAAGUGUCUGUGGCCACAAAGGAACCAGGAUUUGGCGGUCACAGCACCAAAAAGUUCUCAUUUGACAGGGCCUUCAACCCCAACUCCAAACAGGUAGAUGUUUACAAAGAAGUUGUCAUGCCCCUACUGGAUGAAGUCCUUGAGGGCUAUAACUGUACGGUUUUUGCGUAA